AUGCCUCCCAUCGUGGACCAUGAUGGCCCUGAGCCCUUGGCCCAGGAAAAAGAUGUGAAGAAGUCCGAGCAUGUUGAACAAUCACAAGUCUCUUCCGAUGGAAAUCUCAUGUAUGAGGAGGAUGAGGAGCCAGAGCUUCAUGUCCAAACGUACAUUGCAUUGGCUGCCAUGUUCUUUCUCAAUCUCGUCCAAGUCUUUGGUCUUUUGGGGCCUCCAUUUGGUCUGACCUACAUCGAAGAAGGUCUCAACAAUAUAGUCAGUGGUACAUGGGUGCCGAACUCGUUAUCGCUUGUCCAGGCCGUAUUCGCCCCUCUCAUCUCCUCCGCGUCGGAUACCUUUCAAGCCCGCAAGGCACUGCUUGUUGGCCCAGCUAUCAUAUCAUUCAUUGGCUGUGCAAUCGCCCCUGGUUCAAGCAAUAUAUAUCGUCUGAUCGCAGCUCAAGUCCUGAUCGGUUUCGGAUUUGCUACGGUCCCCUUGGCAUACUGUAUACCCAGUGAGAUUGUUCCACGAAAGUGGCGACCGAUGAUCCAAGCUUUCAUGAAUAUUGCGGCGUCCCUAGGCGGUUGCGUGGCGCCUUUGAUUUUCGGGUCGUUGACCAAGAAGAACCCGCACACCGGCUGGCGUAACUUUUACUGGAUUCAGAUGGCUCUCUGGGGAAUGACGGCAAUCUGCCUUUUUCUUGGCUACAGACCACCGAAGCGGCACACUCGUUUAGAUCACCUGUCGCUUUGGCAAAAGCUUGGCCGACUUGAUCUUCCUGGGUUCUUUCUACUUACAGCAGGACUAACACUGUUGUUAACUGGUCUGAAUCUCGGCGGCGGUCUAUACUCAUGGGUCAGUGGCCCGGUACUAGCGACCUUGAUCAUCGGUACUCUCACUUUGGGGGUGUUUGGUGUUUAUGAGUGGCGAUUUACAACGACUGGUAUUCUCCAUCAUGAUCUUUUCCGUGGUCCAAACCACAGUGGCCGUACUUUUGGGAUCUGCAUUGCUUUGAUCUUUGUUGAGGGUAUAUCCCUCUUCGCCUAUGUCAUCUUUUAUCCGGUCCUAACAAAAGCUCUCUUUGAAAAGGACCCUUUCCUCCAGGCCGCCCGCCAACAACCUUAUGGGAUUGCUUCGGCUUUGAGUACUGUGGUAUAUGGGUAUUUAAGCGUUAGAUUUAGGACUAUCCGAUUUCCCAUGAUCGCAGGAUUUGUGAUCCUCACAGGUGGUCUUGUCGGAUUGGCGACCAUCCAGCCCGGUGAUGAUUUCAGUUCCCUUGCAUUCAGUGCAGUUGCGGGUAUCGGAUUUGGUGCACCUCUCAUUUUGAUUAUUGCAGGCGUUCAACUCUCUGUUCCGCACCACCUUAUUGCUACCGCCACAGCGUCAACUACAUGCUCAAGAGCUGUUGCUGUGGCGGUCUUCACGGCUGUUGCUUCUGCAGCAAUGAAAAGCCGCCUGGAUAAAUAUAUCCCUACAAACACAGCCAAGGCUGCCCUUGAUGCAGGACUUCCAGAAUCUUCUCUCGCUGGGUUUGUCACGGCUCUGACCUCCGAAGAUACUGUGGCACUCCAGAAGGUGGCUGGCGUUAAUUCCCACAUCAUCGAGGCGGGAGUCAUUGCCCUCACGCAGGCAUAUGCGGAUGGAAUCAGGGUUGUCUUCAUUAUAGCAGCACCCUUUGGCCUGGUGGCUAUCAUUGCUUGUAUCUUCUUGGGUGAUGUGAAGAGUGUUAUGAACUACGGAGUCGAUGCUCCAGUUGAGGAUCUACAUUCCAAGCAUUCUCGACAGGACAAGGUCUAG